AAAGAUAUUAAGUCCAGUAACAAAUGAAACAGGGCAUGGGCUUGUAAUUGGUCCUGGUCGGGAGGGAGAGAGUGUGUGAUGGUAGGAUGGUGGCAUCUUUGGUGUUACUGUCAGGUCAACACUCAUCGUAAGCAAGAUGAAUGAAGGACAACGUGUGGGCUGGGAUGACCAAUAGCUUUGAAGCUGCCAACCAACCCUCUUAAUCAGACUAAGUACAGUACAGAAGACUUGUGAUUUAGUUACCAAACUACUAAACUUUCUUUAUGAGGGUGAAGGCUUCUUAAGAGACAAUUAAUGUGUAGAUUCACAAGAUGUUCUAAGGCAAGCUGGUCUGAGCCAAAGAAGCCAGGGAGACCGGGGAGAGAGCCCCACCCACCAGCAAGGAUAUAUAAAAUCUCAGGAGUCUGAAGUGACAUUCACAACUCAGGAGGUAACUUCAGCAAGCUACCUGCAGCCCUCUGUCUGACAUCAUGUCCUUCAACUGCUCCACAAGAAAUUGCUCUUCCAGGCCCAUUGGAGGACGCUGCACUGGUCCAGUGACCCAAGUUACCACGACUUCCACCACUGAUGCUGACUGCCUGAGUGGCAUCUGUUUGCCCAGUUCCUUCCAAACUGGCUCUUGGCUCCUGGACCACUGUCAGGAGACCUGCUGUGGGCCCACGGCUUGCCAGCCAACCUGUUACCAGCGAACUUCAUGUGUCUCCAACCCUUGCCAGGUGACCUGCUCUCGACAAACUACCUGUGUUUCCAACCCCUGCUCAACUACCUGCAGCCGACCGCUCACCUUUGUCUCUAGUGGAUGUCAACCCCUGGGAGGUAUCUCCAGUGUCUGCCAACCAGUGGGAGGAGUCUCUGCUGUCUGCCAGCCAGCCUGUGGGGUCUCCAGGACGUACCAGCAGUCCUGUGUGUCCAGCUGCCGAAGAACCUGCUAA